GGGGGGUGAAAUCUGACUUUUUCUUUUGCGCAUGUGCAGUAGCUGGUUUCCACAGCAGCCUAUUGAAUUUAAUAACGAUGAGAAUAGACGAUUGCUAGUCUUCUACCGCAGGUGAGGAGCGGACAGGGGGGACGCUCCAUUCGUGCACCGGCGUCCUGAAACACCACUCGAUUUAAAAAACUAAAACAAAAAAACACAGGGGGUCUGCGGACAGUGAGGGGGAGCAAAGCGGCUGGGGCUGUUUUCUGUGGAGACACCAGAGCAACGUCCUGCAGGAGAAGGGCGCGACUCCUCCACCACCACAUUCAUGUGUUGUGAUUGAUUCCCCCCCCGUGCGUUCGAAAAUCCUGUAUAGAUUGAGGAGGAGAUAUGUCGCGGCGAGUUGUGCGACAGAGCAAGUUCCGUCAUGUCUUCGGUCAGGCCGUGAGGAACGACCAGUGCUAUGAUGAUAUCCGCGUCUCCAGGGUCACAUGGGACAGCUCCUUCUGUGCCGUCAACCCCAAGUUUGUUGCCAUCAUCAUCGAUGCCAGCGGGGGAGGAGCCUUCCUUGUUCUUCCUCUACUAAAGACCGGCCGCAUAGACAAGGUCUACCCGACAGUAUGUGGUCACACGGGCCCAGUGUUGGACAUCGAUUGGUGUCCUCAUAAUGACCUUGUCAUUGCGAGCGGCUCCGAGGACUGCACAGUCAUGGUUUGGCAGAUCCCUGAGAACGGGCUGGAGAAUCCCCUCUCAGAGCCUGUAGUUGUGUUAGAGGGCCACUCUAAGAGGGUCGGAAUCGUGACUUGGCAUCCCACUGCUCGCAACGUUCUCCUCAGUGCAGGGUGUGACAACCAGAUCAUCAUCUGGAAUGUGGGCACGGGACAGGCCAUGAUCAACCUGGAGGACAUGCAUCCUGAUGUUAUCUUUAGUGUCAGCUGGAGCCGCAACGGCAACCUGCUCUGCACUGCCUGCAAGGACAAGAAGGUCCGCGUCAUCGACCCCCGUAAGCAAAAGAUUAUGACGGAGAAGGACAAAGCCCAUGAGGGAGCUCGACCAAUGAGAGCCAUCUUUUUAGCAGACGGAAACAUUUUCACCACCGGAUUCAGCCGCAUGAGCGAGCGCCAGCUAGCCCUGUGGAAAAGUGACAACAUGGAUGAGCCAAUAUGCGUUCAUGAGAUGGACACCAGUAACGGAGUCCUGCUGCCCUUCUACGACCCCGACACCAGUGUAGUCUACCUGUGUGGAAAGGGUGACAGCAGUAUUCGGUACUUUGAGAUCACAGAUGAGGCACCGUUUGUUCACUACCUCAGCACCUUUUCCACCAAGGAGCCUCAGAGGGGCAUGGGGUACAUGCCCAAAAGAGGCCUGGAUGUCAACAAAUGUGAAAUCGCAAGGUUUUACAAAUUACAUGAGAGAAAAUGUGAACCAAUCAUCAUGACAGUCCCACGUAAGUCGGAUCUGUUCCAAGACGACCUGUAUCCAGACACGGCCGGCCCCGACCCCGCCCUGGAGGCCGAGGGGUGGUUUGCCGGCAAGAAUGGAGGCCCCAUCCUCAUCUCGCUCAAAGACGGCUACGUCUCCACGAAGAACCGCGACCUGAAAGUGGUCAAGUCAAACGUCCUGGAGACCAAGGCAGCGACAAAAGUAGAGAACACCCCGACUUUCCAGAAGCACGUUCCUCCACCAGCCUCAGCACAGAAAAUGGAAGACAAACUGGAAGAGGUACUCCGAGAGUUCAAGUCACUCAGGGACCGCGUCAUCCUCCAAGACCGUCGAAUCGCCAGACUGGAAGAGCAGGUCGCCAAGGUCGCCAUGUAAGACGCGGCCCCUUCCCUGGUCCGCUCGUUGUUUUGGAGAGAAAUCGAAUGGACGGCGUCAGCCACGGCUAAAUUCUCACGAUUCGGCUACAUUCAGCUCGACACCGUCUGCCAGGCGACGGGUCGGAGCCUACAUUCCAAGAUGAACUUUUUAUUUUUCUCAUCAACCUUCGGUUUUACAUUUUGCCCCAACACACACUGAGAAAAGGAAAAACUCUUGCAGCUCAUUUUAAAGAAAAGACAUUUUUUUGUUAAAGGAAAAGUCUUACCUUUUUUUUGUUUUCAAAUUGUGGUAAAACAUUCUUAUGUGAAGUUUGUACUUACUACUCUACUGUAGCAUCAGUAUUUCCAUUGUUCUUUUUUUGUGUUGCCAAAUAUGAAUGGUGUGCGGUUCCAUGCACUGCUUUUACAUUUAUUUUCUAUCCUGUUGUACAUUCCAGUCACAACCUGGUAGAAUGACUUAGUCGAGCUGGAUUUUUUUAAACAAUAGCUGUUGAACUUUUUUCCUCCCACCAGUUUGUUCAUUGAUAAACCAUCAGAUUUAUGAAUGUGGAAGAAUUCCUUUGAAAAACAUUUGCUUUCUGUUCUUCUGGGGAUUGAAAUUCAGCAUUGGGUUUUAAAGGGGAGUGUGGGGUGGGGGUUUGCAUCUCUCUGGUGUAAAUGUCGUGCAAAUGUAGUGGUGCCUCUCGUCACUGUCAAGGGUCAAACUAAAAGUCGCCCUCUCCGGUGCAUAUUUUGGUGUUGGGAAGGGACCACUCACCCAGCUUGUGUUUCACUGAACCCCCUGACAAACAGUUCUGUGCACAUAAUAAAGAUUUUACACAUGGAAACCUCCA